AUGGCGGCAACGAUUGUCCAUCAGAGCGCAGUGCCCGAUGGUCCUGUGAAGACUGGCGCCUCACACGCCGUCGUCGAGGUGCCACCAUGGAAGAUUGCUGCCGGCAAGAAACGCGAUACACAGUGGCAACAGAUCCCGGAGGAGUGGCGUUUGUCACCGCUACCGUCCCCGUUACCAAGAUCGACAUUAGCGUAUCUGGAGGCCACGUCGUUACUCGAUGACAAGGAGAAGAGCAUCACUUCGACCCUCUCCGCAGACCAUCUGUUGACGCAGAUUCAUUCGGGCGUGCUGUCCUCACUGGAGGUCACAGCGGCAUUCUGCAAAAGAGCUGCUAUUGCUCAGCAGCUGUCGAGAUGCUGCACUGAGAUGAUGUUCGAUAGAGCUAUGAAGCGAGCAAAGGAGCUCGAUCGCCAUCUGCACGUCAACGGAAAGGUCGUCGGACCCCUCCAUGGGCUACCGGUCAGUAUCAAAGAUGUGUUCGACGUUGAGGGAUUCGACACCAGUAUAGGCUGGGUGGGACGAUGUGGAAAGCCAGCAACAACGAACAGCACGCUGGUAGACAUACUGCAACAGCAAGGAGCUAUCAUCUAUUGCAAGACCAAUGUUUCACAGUCACUCAUGAUGUCUGACUCCUACAAUCACGUCUUCAAGCAAUCGGUCAAUACACUGAACAGAGACCUGAUUUCUGGCGGUAGUUCUGGAGGCGAAGGCGCUCUGGUCGGCUGCCAUGGUAGCCUUGUAGGCAUCGGGACCGAUAUUGGCGGUUCAAUUCGCAUUCCAGCCAAUCUCCAAGGGCUCUACGGCCUCUCGCCAAGCACUGGUCGCGUCCCGUUCGAUAAGAGUGUGCCUAUAGCCUCGAGCCUCUCCACAAUCGAGACGUUCAUGAAAGGUGUGGCUGCCGGACAGCCAUGGCGACAGGAUGUGACCACGUAUCCGAUUUCCUGGCGCCAGGAACUUGCACAGAAGUCUUCUCGGCCCCUUCGUAUAGGCUACUAUGUUGAUGAUGGCAAUGUCAAAGUCCAGCCACCAGUCGAGCGCGCGAUGCGUGAAACAGUGGAAAAGCUGCAAGCUGCCGGCCAUGAAAUGAUCCCUUGGGAUGUCAACUCUCAUGUGGAAGCGCACCGGCUUUGGACCAAAGCCAUUCUCUUCGAUGGCGGGCGCGACGUCAGCAAAAUGCUUGAGGAGAGCGGAGAGCCACUCGUGCAAGGAAUGCUCGUCGGCAAGGCUGCUGACUGUCUCUCGAUUCAAGAGGCGGAGGAGUACAUUCCAUCCAUAGCUCGACCGCCUCCGAAUGGCUAUCCAAACGCUUACCUCCAUCGCUGGAACGCAAACUCAAUCGACGCCCUCAUCAUGCCCGUCCUACCCUGGGUCGGCUUCCGCCCGAAAACAUGGGUCAAGUCCUCCCAAUGCGUCAGCUACACCGGGCACUGGAACUUCGUCGACUUCGCCGCCCUCACUAUUCCCGUCACUGUUGCACGUCUGGAUGAUGUGGGCGACGAUGCGUGGAAAAACCAUGUGCCUAGGAAUGAGAGUGAUCGUUUCAACUGGCAUCAGUAUGAUCCGAAGUUGGUGGAGGGGAUGCCUGUGUGCGUGCAGGUCGUGGGCGGGAGGUUUGGGGAGGAGAUAUGUGUUGGUGUUGGGAAGGCGGUCGAGGCUGCAUUGGGGAGGUGA